GUUCCUCAAACUAUCCGAAAAAACAAAAUUUUUAUCAAUUGUAAUAGCAGUUGUAGUAGAAGAAGAAGAACUAAGCAAAGCAAAGCAAAACUUGUAUCAAUGGCGGAUUCCCCGUCUCUUCUUCCUCCACCACCAGAAAUCAAACAAGAAAUCAAAACAGAAAUUAAAUCAGAUUCAGAAAAUCAAACAGAUCCUCUUCCUCCUCCAUCACUAUUUUCUUCUUCUUCUCUUACACAUGUAUCGGAAUCCCCUAAUACAAAUCCAUCAGCAGUAACUCUACAACCACCACAAUCACUACCACCACCACCAUUGAUUCAAUCGUAUCAGACUAAUGCAGGAACAAUGCCUCCUCCAGGUUUACAAUAUCGUCCGAUCCCACAGUUUUCAUCAAUUCCAAAUCAUAAUAUGCAAAACCCUAAUUUUCAGAUCCCGAACAUUCAAAACCCUAAUGUUCUACCUCCUGGUGUAAAUCCUGGUGGUGCUGGUGCUGUUAGUAUAUCUGUUUCGCCUUUACGUCUACCUGGUAUGCACCAAGGACCACCUAAUCAGCAGAUGCCUAAUGGAUACUCGACUAUGCCGCCAGGAUCGAUUCCUCCUCCCGGAAUGCUUCGUUACCCCAAUCCUUAUGCUUCCAUGGUUCGACCCGCAUUUCCUCGUCCACCAGGAACGAUGGGUAUGCUUCCAUUGUUGUCACGUCCUCCUAUGCCAGGAAUUCGUGGAGUUCCUCCAAUCGUCCAGCCAGUUGUGCCUAUUGUUGCUCCGACUGAAAAACCACAAACCACAGUUUAUGUUGGAAAGAUAGCUUCAACUGUACAAAAUGACUUCAUGCUGCCUCUUCUGCGACUUUGUGGACCUGUCAAGAGUUGGAAGCGUGCUCCAGAAUCAAGUGAUGGAACCCCAAGAAGCUUUGGGUUCUGUGAGUUUGAGUCAGCAGAGGGGGUUCUUCGAGCCCUACGCCUACUAACCAAAAUCAACGUUGACGGACAAGAGUUGGUGCUAUAUGUUACUCAAAAAACAAGAGAAUACUUGGAGCGCUACGUUGAAAACAAAACUGAGAGGGAGAAAUUGAAGGAAACUGAAACUGAUGGUACUGAAAAAGAAGAAGAGACUGCUCCUGGAGUUGAGAAGAAAGAACCUUUAGAACCCUCUUUGGAGGACCCAAAGAAGGAUGUUAAUGAUUCAGCUGAUAAUGCCCCUGCAUCAGAGAAACAUGAUACUACUCAGAACUUCGGGGUUGUUACUGAUGAAGACCGAGAAGCUGAUCAGGAUGUUAUGGAUAGGCUUAAAAAUAUGAUCGAAGAAAGGUUAAAGGCCAAACCUCUCCCCCCGUUAACUCCUAUCCAACCGGAAAGAAGGCAACAAAUUAGCCAGGAAUAAACAAAUAAGGUACGGUAAUUAAAUAUAAUUAGGAAUAAAGAACUUCAAACGGGAAGUUAAUAAUUUUGCCUAAUUUCUUAGUCAAAGCCUUGCAUUCAAUUCCAGGUGUAAUCUUUAUAAAUUUACAGCAACAAAAGCUCUAUUAGCUAAACUUGCAUGGAGUUUAUAAUCAAACACUCAGUUGGUGAGAGCUAGUAAGUUUCAAUAUUUUG